AAGAAGCCCCUGAAAAAAGUGGUUUCUUCUGCCACUUCUGCACUGCGUGGAUUAUGACUGCUACAGCCAUGGCUAGCAGUGUGCACAAACUCCCCAGCACCAAGGAGGAAAGAAAGUUAAGGAAGCCUCUGAUUGAGAGGAAAAGGAGGGAAAGGAUUAACAACUGUUUGGACCAACUGAAGGAAGCAGUUGUUGGUGCCUUUCAUCUGGAUCAAUCAAAGCUUGAAAAAGCAGAUAUCCUUGAAAUGACGGUGAAGCAUCUCCAGAAUAUUCAAAACAACAAGAUAAUGGAGGAGUCCACGACGGGCCUGGAAGCUCAGCAGAGAUUCAGCACCGGCUACAUUCAGUGCAUGCAUGAAGUUCACAACCUCCUGCUCACCUGCGAGUGGACGGACAGGACGCUGGGGCCUCGUCUACUCAGUCACCUUCUCAAGUCGUUACCCGGAUCCAGUGAAGAAACCUGUAAAACCUCCAGGAAGUCUUCCACCUCAACUCUCCCCGCUCCCGAAGCUGGGAAAAAUCCCGUCUCCAGAAAGGGAAACGCUCCCGACCCUGGGUCGUCUCGGGACCAGUCCUCCCUCAAGGAGGACAAGUCCCCUGAGAAGAAUCCAUCUCAGUCAUCUCUUCCUCCUCGGCUCCCGAUCUUGCAACCUCAUCUCUCACAUAAUCACCAGCGAAGCGGGCUGGGGGCACUAGAUAUGUGGAGACCGUGGUAA